AUGGUGAUCCUGGGCAAUGACUACAAAAUGUCGGCCGCCGAACAGCCGGCUGACGCGAUUCAUGUAGACGAAAUCGACCAUUUCAACGGUAAAUUUUUGAAAGUUUUAAAGUUUUUUAACUGUUUUAGGUAUGAAAUUUAAAAUUUAAGGAUUUGGAAUGCUAAUAAAAAGUUUUUGCAUUGUUUAGAACAAGUUAUAACGAGUUUUGUCAUAAGAAUGAGCAAAAAACCAAAAAUUUUUCUAUUUUAAAAUUUCAAAAAUUAAAAAAAAAAUUUUUUUAAUUUUUUUUCUAGUUUUCUAGUUGUUUUGAACCUAUAAAAGUCAACUAUUACCUAUUUUAUACCUAAUUUACCAUAAAACCCAUAAAAUGAUGAGCUGCAGCCUGCGCGCAGUAAGCCGACAUAGGGCGCAGCAUAAAUUUCGUUUUAUUUUUUAUCAGUGAAAAUUUUAACAAUUUACCAAAGAACGUUAACAAAACAUUUUUCUUGAAGGUUUUUAAAACCAAAAAAAAGCAAAAUUAAAGUUUUCGAAAUGCUUAGUAAUGUCUAUGCUUUCAGAUGACUGGACUCCGCCAUUUGCCUUCCGUGACGGUGUCAAGAUACGCACGGACCAGAAAAUCACCGACUUUUACACGAUCUACGAAGAGAUUGGAGAGUAAGUUUGGUAUUUUUUGUUUAGUUUUAAUGAUUUUAGGGAGUUAUGGCAGAAUUUGUGAAUUUGGGGAUAUUUAUGUAGAGUGGGUUACAGGUUUUUGGUCAUAACUUGUGUUGUGGUAGAGGGAGAUGAAAGUUGAUUUGUGUGAUUGAAGGAAGACUAAAUUUGCUACAAAAUGAGUAUAAGUUCAAUGGAUUUAAUUUUGUAUCUUAUUUUAAAAUUUUCUUGUUAACUUUUUUGAUCUUUGGAUAUAUUGAGGUAGCGUGGGAUGUUUUCGAUCACAACGUUUGUUCUAACAAACAUACAUACAAGGUCUAUAGUGAAAAUUACAACUUUUUAAAUUCUCUAUUAUAAAAGUAUGAAAACCGUAAUUAUCUGCUUUUAUUUUACCUUAAAUUUCUUGUUAUAGAGGAAAAUUUGGAAAAGUUUUUCGCUGCGUCGAAAAAGAAACGGGUCUAACUUUGGCGGCCAAGUUCAUCAAGCUCAGGAAGGAUGCGGACUUGGCCAAAGUGGAAAAAAGAAGUAGGUCAUCUUGUAGUUUAUUGUUGUUUAAUUUGAUUUUUUUCAAAUUAUUUUACCUUGAGUUAUGAGCAAUAUUAUCUUAGGGUUCAGGAUCUUCAAAUUUUGUGGUUUUUGUUGGGUUUUUCAGCCCAAAUUGGUUAUAUUUGA